GGUUGCUGAGAUGCAAACCGCAAACCGAACCAAACCGCGCGGUUCAGCGCAAAAGUCAUCCGAAUUCAUCCGAACCAAGUGCGAUUUUUUGCAAUUUUGGCGAAUAGUACUCUGACGGCGAUGAAAGGGAAAAUCAAAGAGAUCAUCAGAGAUGAAGAAUCUGAGAAAAUUUCAAAGUCGAAAAAGAGAAAAUGCGAUGUCAUGAGCUCUGAUAAACUGGCGGAGGAACCGAAAAAAGCAGAUUAUGGCUUUGAUUAUGAAAUAAAAGGAGAAUAUUAUGUGUUCAAAGACAAAUCAAACUCCAUCAAAUGCAUGACCCCUGAUGAUUUCCACUAUUUCUACCGAAAAAAAACAAAAGAAGAACAAUUUGAGGACAGCUAUGAUGAGCGGGAUGAAGAAUUUGAAAAUGAAGAAGAUUUUGACGACUACGACAUUUCAUACUGGAAAAUCAAAGAUGAGGACCAACCAAAGGCGAUAAAGACAAAAUUUUCUGAUGGAGAUUUCAUCCUCCAAGCAUUCGAGGAGACCAUGCUCAAACGACGUGUCCCCGGGGGAGGAAAAGGCAAAGAAUCUGAGGACAUUUCAACCUUGGAGGAGCUGAGCUCUUCUGAUGUGCAGAAGUGGAAAUCAGCAGAUGCAAAUGAUGAUUCUGUUUUUGGUGCUGAUUAUGCCUUAGUUUGAUGAUUCUGAAGGCAAAACCAAAAUCUCUUGCGACAAUGACAAGCGAAAAAUGUCUGUAUAAUAGUAAUAGUAGAUGUUCAUUUCCCACUCGUGUGAUGGCAAUCAUCCUAUAGUAGGCUAGUAGUCGUACUAUGUUUCAAGAGUCGGACCUUAGUUCACUCUGUAUGUUUACCUUAUUGCUAGUAUCUUGGAUUUGUAACAAGUUUGGAUUAUUAUGCCCAAAUAAUGCUUAUUAUGGGUAUCUUGUUCUUUCCUGUGACUUAUUAGUAGGAGUGGUGAUAGAGUGGCAUUGUAGUUCCAUGGAGAAGAAGUAACUCCAUGGUGAAUUUGAAGCAUCUUAAUUUAACUUUUGUCAUGUGGGAUCCUUUGGGCAUCUUGAAGAAAUUGAAUUCAACUCUA